AUGAAAAUAAUAUUUUUCUUGAUUUUAUUUAUUGGUGUAUUGACUCUCACAUCCGAGUCUUUCCCUGUAUCUCAACCUAACAGCAUCUCUUUGGUUAAACGUUCUCCCUCUCCAAAUCUUAAAUGGACUGAGGUCCGUGCCAUACAUAAGAAUCGCCAAUUGAUCAAAUAUGAGGGGAUUAUUGUAAAUUUAUUCAGAAAAGGAAUAAUAAAUGAGUCAACGAUUCAAGCGGUAAAAGCUGCCAAAAGUGCCAAUUUAGAAACAUUGCAAAAUGAAGGGAACGAAGAUAUUGGUUAUUUCGGUCCAAUUAAGAUUGGUGGUCAGACUUUUCAGGUGAUAUUUGACACAGGUUCUUCCGAUCUUUGGGUUCCAUCAACAAAUUGCACGUCCCCAGCAUGUACAGCACACACACCAUUUGUGGAAUCAAAAUCCAAAACAUUCGUCGAUCUUGAAACAACUACCGGAAUCACUUAUGGUACUGGUCAAGUCAAUGUCACCAGUGGCCAAGAUCAUGUUCAAAUUGCCGGAUUAACUGCUUGUGGUCAAACAUUUGGGCGUGCUUUUUUUGAGUCCGAUGAUUUUCUCCAAACCGAAUUUGACGGUAUCUUCGGGAUGGCUUUUGACAAUUUAAGCGCUCAAAAAGCCUCCACUCCCUUCUCCACCAUGGUUCAACAGAAGAAAUUAGCUAAUUCAUUCUUCGGUUUUCAUCUCUCUCGUGCAUUGGAUGCUGGAGAUGUCGGCACACUAACACUUGGAGAUGUUGAUAAAACCAAAUUCACUGGAACCAUCUCAAAUAAUAAUGUAAUUGGUGCUACAGGAUUCUGGUUGAUCAAAUUAGAUUCCGCAUGUGUCGAUGGUCUUUCUACUGUUACCAGUCGUGGGGCUAUCAUUGACACUGGUACUACGCUUGUGCUCAUUCCAACGGCAGAUGCUACCGCCAUUCACGCGAAAAUUCCCGGCUCACAGGACAUCGGGGGUGAAUUCGCAAUACCUUGUAAUACCACUUCCAAAGUUUCUUUUGCAUUUGGAGGUGUUUCUUAUAAUAUCGAUCCCAGAGAUUUAGCUAGAACGCCUAUUCCAAAUUCGCAAGGACUUUGUCUUUCAGGAAUUGCGUCAAGUGAUGCACUUGGUCAAACAUGGUUGGUGGGUGAUGUUUUCUUAAAGAACGUGUACUCGGUAUUUGACAUUGAAAAGAAAACUGUGGGAUUCGCUCCCAGUGUUCGCUUUAAUUGA